CAUGGGAAAAUCAAAGGCACAUCGUAUAAAGAAAAUUGCCGCACCGAAAUCGUUCUACGAAGAGCAAACGAACGAUGGGCGAGUGUCCAAGAAACAAAAACAGCCCAAGAUCCGUCUGCGGGCCGAAGAAACCGAUUAUGUAGAUUCGAAGUCGUCCAAGAAAAUCUUGCGCCAAGCUCGUAAACAACAGGCAGAAGUAAAUUUUCUCGACAACUCGUUUGGUCCAUCGCUGGCAGAAUCGUCUACGAUAAGAAAACGAACUCGGCUGGAUGACAAGGAAUCAUCGGGCGAUGAGUCGGACUUGGAGGAUCGUAACGAGCCCGACAUCAAUGGAGAAAAUUUGUACGACGAUAUUAAAAUCAGCGAGGAAGAUGAACGUGCGCUGCAAAUGUUUCAAAACAAAGAUGGCCCAAAAACGCGUACGCUCGCUGAUAUCAUUCUGGAGAAAAUGACCGAAAAACAGACCGAAAUUCAAACGCAGUUCUCCGACAACGAAUCGCUAAAGUUGGACGAUAUCGAUCCGACUGUGCGCGAGAUGUACAAAGGCGUGCGGGAUGUUUUAAAGCGCUACCGCAAUGGUAAGGUGCCGAAAGCGUUCAAGCUUAUUCCCAAGCUGCGCAACUGGGAACAGUUUCUGUACAUUACGGAGCCCCAGUCGUGGAGUGCGGCUGCCAUGUUCCAGGCAACGCGUCUAUUUUCUUCCGGCCUAACCCAACACAUGGCCCAACGUUUCUACAAUCUUGUACUGUUGCCGCGCGUUCGUGAUGAUUUGGCCGAAUUUGGGCGUCUGAAUUUCUAUCUGUACCGAGCGUUAAAGAAGGCACUGUUCAAGCCGGCUGCCUUUAUGAAAGGCAUUGUGUUGCCAUUGCUGGAGGCUGGAGAUUGCACACUGCGUGAGGCAAUCAUUAUCGGCAGCGUCGUAAGUUGCACAUCCAUCCCGGUGCUGCACACAGCCGCUUGUUUGCUGAAAAUUUGCGAAAUGGAAUAUUCUGGCGCAUGUUCUGUGUUUAUACGGAUCAUUUUGGACAAACGGUAUGCGCUGCCGUACCGUGCAGUCGAUGCAGCGGUUUUCCAUUUUCUUAAGUUUGAGCAGGACAAACGAGAAAUGCCAACGCUUUGGCAUAACUCGUUGCUUACCUUUGCUCAACGGUACAAAAACGACAUUUCCUCCGAGCAGCGGGAUGCACUGUUGCAUUUGUUGAAGAAACAAUCGCAUCCCAAGAUUACACCUGAAAUUCGCCGCGAACUACAGGCUGCCCGGUGCCGAGAUGUAGAGGUUGGUCAAAGCUUAGCCCUGGAGGGGGAAGUGGAAUUCCAGGAGGACAACGAUUACACGCCAAUGGAAGACGAGGAAGAGGCACACGGAUCACAGCGAGUGGUUAAAUUUACCACCGAACAACAGAACGAAGAGGAGGAAUCAAUGGAUAGUGAUGACGAUGAAGACGAUGAGGAUGAUGAUGAAGAGUUGUAA